GCAAGGAGGGUCAGUGUGGGCUUGAUUAGGCCCGGACGGUGAAGCGGGCACGGCAAAGGGGGACAAGAUGGCUGACGAGGAGGUCAUGCACGUCGGCAGGCGUGUCUACGUCUCCAACCUCGCCUGGAGGACGUCGUGGCAAGACCUGAAGGACAAGUUCCGCGAGUGCGGCAACGUUGUCUACUCCAACGUCAUCAAGGAUGAGUCGGGUCGGUCCAAGGGCUGGGGCAUCGUGGAGUUUGAGACGCCCGAGGAGGCGCUGACCGCCAUCAACACGCUUAACGGCGUGGAGCUGGGCGGACGCACCAUCCUGGUGCGGGAGGACCGCGAGGACCGCGACGUGAAGCAGGAGAACGGCAUCACCCCCCCGGUGCGCCCUCCCCGCGAGCCACGCGAGCCGCGCGCCCCCGCGCCCGGCCGCGGCCGCGGCCGCGGCCGCGGCCCUCCCCCCGAGGGCGCCGAGGGCGAGGAGGUCAACCAGAGCAGCGGGCUGCAGAUUGUGGUCAACGGCCUGCCCUGGGCCUGGACCUGGAAGGAGCUCAAGGACCUGAUGGCCGGCACCGGCAACAUUGUGCGCGCAGACGUGGUGUACGGCCGCGACGGGCGCAGCCGCGGCUACGGCACCGUGCGCUACGAGACUGCCGAGGAGGCGGAGGCUGCCAUUGAGCAGUUCAACGGCUCCGACCUGGAGGGCCGCACCCUGUCGGUCAGGCUGGACAAGUACGCUUGAGCUUCGCUGUCGAGCAGGCCAGCCACACCACCGGCUGGCCCACAGUUUGCCGCCGGGCGCGCUGCCGGGGUGCGGGGUAAGCGCGGCCGGCGAGGCCUGGCAUGCGGCCUCACGCGGCUUGCGUUGAGCAGUCGUGCGACCCCACCCGAUUGACCAACAGCACCCACGCACGAGGGAAGGGCCCCACCAGCCCCCACCACUGUGCUGACCUGUUUGUUACCCCCCCCCCCCCAGUGAUUUGUUUCGUUCGCCAUUAUUCCUCCUCUUGGUCUGGGAGCAUGGAACAAACCCCAUUCUGUGCUGGCGCCGCUCCCCACCACCAUGCC